AUGAUUCUCAAAAAUGUAAAGUGUAGUGUGACAGGUAUGAUUACUGUCAGUGACUUCCCGUCUCAAAACUUAACGAACAAUGACAUAUUACAUAUUUUAACAAAAACUAAAAACCCAAAAGACAUUAAUAGAUUAUUUACAAAAAAAAAGGCCGCAAUAAUUGCGGCCAAUAAUCUUAAUAGAAUGGGAAAACAAAAUAAAAACAGUGAAAGUGAAGUGCUUGAUAAGCUUAACAUAAACCAGCUGAAAAAUGAAAUUCGUGAUUUGCAAAAAAAGAUAUUAGAACUAACAAAAAUCAAUGAAAAAUUGAGAAAUAAAAAUAACAUAAAUGAUGAAGAAACAAUGGAAACAACUUCCAACAGUGAAAACCCACAGUUAGAUCCUGAAAUCGUAGAAGACACCGAAGAUGGAUCAUGGCAAACGGUUUUAAAAAGGAAAAACAAACGAUAUAAGGUAUCAAGAAACGAAACCAUUAUUAAUAAAAUCAACCAGACCGAUAAAAUAAAAGAAAAGGAUAAUAACACCCCGAUAACAACGAACCAGAAAGAAACCAAAACUAGACGGCCCUUCAAACCGCCUCCUAUUAACAUAUUUGUUUAA